UGGCCCAGGCCGAUCUUCCCAUCCCAAUGGCUUUGCUGUGCUGAGCUUCCACUAACAACAGAACCUCAAUGUUGCUCCCAGCCUACUUCCCUAUGGACAAAUUCAUGCUCUCCCAAGCAAGGAAGGACUAAAUCCCCAUCCCUGGAACAUGCCGGUCGGCUUUGGUUCAGCUUUAACACAGUCAUUCCACACAUGCCGGGUCUGUGCAUCCUGAAUGGAGAAGGAACUCUUCUCUCAGAACUCUGCACAUCUCACACAAGAGAAAUGAAUCCUCCAGCUCCAGAUGACUGUAGUCCCAGCAGCCUAUCACCUCAUGAAAGACGGAGCAGGAACCACACAGCUACACUACUCCUGAACAGACCCUCAGAAACCGUGGGAUAUAACAGAUGUUUACUGUUAGGAGCUGCCAAUUUUGAGGAACCUGAAAGAGAACCAUCAGACACCCAGGGACAUCAGAAUGAGUGACAACGCUACUUUGGUUCCUCCAGCUUCAAACCAGGGUCCCACUACCCCACACAAGGGGCCCCCCAAGUUCAAGCAGAGACAGACUCGCCAAUUCAAGAGCAAGCCUCCUAAGAAAGGUGUGAAAGGGUUUGGAGAUGACAUUCCAGGCAUGGAGGGGCUAGGAACAGAUAUCACGGUGAUUUGUCCCUGGGAGGCAUUCAGCCACCUGGAAUUGAAUGAGCUUGCUCAAUUUGGGAUCAUCUGAUGCACCAGAGGUUCUUCCAUCAACAGCAUCUGCUGGAGUUUUGACUACUUUUGCCCUAUUGAUCUGCCAGAGUCUUGAAAUUCAGCACCGUUCGGUAGUGGUUUCUUCAGCUUACAGUUUCUUCAGCUUACACAGUCGUUUCCCUAAAUUGCUACAAAGAGUUCUCUUAGUGUCAGACUCUCUCUUGCCAUAUAGUUCAGCUUGGAAUAGUGGAUGCAAAUUGACUUUUGUUAGGGCAUUUCAAACUUGACCACCUUUUCCUAUCAGCUGGUUAAAAUUCAUUGAUAGUUCUCUGAAUUUUAUUUGUUAAGUCCUUCAAAUCUGUUUGUAGUAGGCAUUCCCUAUAAUUAGUAGUAGCUUUUUAAGAUGACAUUUAUGUCACUCCCUUCCCUUUCUCAUUUAAUAAAGGAGA